AUGCUGGUUCUUGGGGCCCUUGUCCGACGCAGGUGCGGGCGGCGGAUCUUGGGUGGCCGGGGCGCCGGCGGCGGGUUUUGGGUCCGGGAGAUUUCUGGAGGAUCGGGGCGGGGGAGCAGAGGGGAGGUGGGCGUGGAGAAACUGCUGGUGGCCAACCGGGGGGAGAUCGCCUGCAGAGUGAUCGCCACGGCCAAGCGCCUAGGUAACGGUCGGAAGCGGACGGGGCGCGCCGCGGGCGACAAAAAGGGCGGGCACGAGUGCCGGGGGCCGCUCGCGAGCCAAGUUUCUGGACGCGGGUUUUGA